CUAAACCAUAAUCUGAAAUUGAUUUUAAAUAGCUACAAUCAACUACCCAAAAGCUUCAAAUAUGCAAAAUAAUAAAGUAUAGGUUUAUAUAUAUAAACGCACACAAAAGAGGUUGAAUAAAAAUAAACAUAAGGAUGCAUGUGCAGUCCAGAUUAGAUCUAAAUCUAUUGAGUAUUGUAAUAAUAUUGUUAUGAAGAUCUUGCUGCGAAACUACACACAUUUAAUUCCAACAUGUUUUGUUUAUAGAAAUUGAAUAAAAUCAAACGCGCCUUCAUCUUCAAGUUAAAAAUCAAAUCUUAAUUAGUGAAGACAAAGAAGAAGAAGACAUUAUUUUAAGUGAGUUCUCUCUCUGUCACACUCACAAAGCUUUAUACUUUCUGGCUACUGCAAGCUCAUCACUGAAAAGAGCUUAAACCAGAGAGAUCUGAUAAGAGAAAUUUUAGAGUCUCUCUGCUUCAACAAGAUCUACAUCGACCAGGAGAUUAGAAAGAAUCAUGGGUUCUAAGCAUAACCCACCAGGGAAUAACAGAUCGAGAAGUACACUAUCUCUACUCGUUGUGGUUGGUUUAUGUUGUUUCUUCUAUCUUCUUGGAGCAUGGCAAAAGAGUGGGUUUGGUAAAGGAGAUAGCAUAGCUAUGGAGAUUACAAAGCAAGCGCAGUGUACUGACAUUGUCACUGAUCUUGAUUUUGAACCUCAUCACAACACAGUGAAGAUCCCACAUAAAGCUGAUCCCAAACCUGUUUCUUUCAAACCGUGUGAUGUGAAGCUCAAGGAUUACACGCCUUGUCAAGAGCAAGACCGAGCUAUGAAGUUCCCGAGAGAGAACAUGAUUUACAGAGAGAGACAUUGUCCUCCUGAUAAUGAGAAGCUGCGUUGUCUUGUUCCAGCUCCUAAAGGGUAUAUGACUCCUUUCCCUUGGCCUAAAAGCAGAGAUUAUGUUCACUAUGCUAAUGCUCCUUUCAAGAGCUUGACUGUCGAAAAAGCUGGACAGAAUUGGGUUCAGUUUCAAGGGAAUGUGUUUAAAUUCCCUGGUGGAGGAACUAUGUUUCCUCAAGGUGCUGAUGCGUAUAUUGAAGAGCUAGCUUCUGUUAUCCCUAUCAAAGAUGGCUCUGUUAGAACCGCAUUGGACACUGGAUGUGGGGUUGCUAGUUGGGGUGCUUAUAUGCUUAAGAGGAAUGUUUUGACUAUGUCGUUUGCGCCAAGGGAUAACCACGAAGCACAAGUCCAGUUUGCGCUUGAGAGAGGUGUUCCAGCGAUUAUCGCUGUUCUUGGAUCAAUCCUUCUUCCUUACCCUGCAAGAGCCUUUGACAUGGCUCAAUGCUCUCGAUGCUUGAUACCAUGGACCGCAAACGAGGGAACAUACUUAAUGGAAGUAGAUAGAGUCUUGAGACCUGGAGGUUACUGGGUCUUAUCGGGUCCUCCAAUCAACUGGAAGACAUGGCACAAGACGUGGAACCGAACUAAAGCAGAGCUAAAUGCCGAGCAAAAGAGAAUAGAGGGAAUCGCAGAGUCCUUAUGCUGGGAGAAGAAGUAUGAGAAGGGAGACAUUGCAAUUUUCAGAAAGAAAAUAAACGAUAGAUCAUGCGAUAGAUCAACACCGGUUGACACCUGCAAAAGAAAGGACACUGACGAUGUCUGGUACAAGGAGAUAGAAACGUGUGUAACACCAUUCCCUAAAGUAUCAAACGAAGAAGAAGUUGCUGGAGGAAAGCUAAAGAAGUUCCCCGAGAGGCUAUUCGCAGUGCCUCCAAGUAUCUCUAAAGGUUUGAUUAAUGGCGUCGACGAGGAAUCAUACCAAGAAGACAUCAAUCUAUGGAAGAAGCGAGUGACCGGAUACAAGAGAAUUAACAGACUGAUAGGUUCCACCAGAUACCGUAAUGUGAUGGAUAUGAACGCCGGUCUUGGUGGAUUCGCUGCUGCGCUUGAAUCGCCUAAAUCGUGGGUUAUGAAUGUGAUUCCAACCAUUAACAAGAACACAUUGAGUGUUGUUUAUGAGAGAGGUCUCAUUGGUAUCUAUCAUGACUGGUGUGAAGGCUUUUCAACUUAUCCAAGAACAUACGAUUUCAUUCACGCUAGUGGUGUCUUCAGCUUGUAUCAGCACAGCUGCAAACUUGAGGAUAUUCUUCUUGAAACUGAUCGGAUUUUACGACCGGAAGGGAUUGUGAUUUUCCGGGAUGAGGUUGAUGUUUUGAAUGAUGUGAGGAAGAUCGUUGAUGGAAUGAGAUGGGAUACUAAGUUAAUGGAUCAUGAAGACGGUCCUCUCGUGCCGGAGAAGAUUCUUGUCGCCACGAAGCAGUAUUGGGUAGCCGGCGACGAUGGAAACAAUUCUCCGUCGUCUUCUAAUAGUGAAGAAGAAUAAAACAAAAACAAAAAACUCCUCAGGUUACUAAGCUUGAAGUGUAGAUCUAUUUUACAACAUCUGGAAAAUUCUUAUCAAAAAAGGAAGGAAUCAGAAUUUCCAUUAAAGAAAGGUGUCAAAAAAAAGUUGUAAAACUAUAUAGUAGUGAUCAAGACGAAUAUGUGCAUUUAUGUUUUAUUUUUGUUCCCUAGUUUUUAAUUUUAUUUUUUUGAAGGAAGAAAAAAUUAGUUCCAUGUGUUUUUGCAAGAUAGUUGAAACCUUGGACGCUUGUUAUGUAUGAUGCGAUCUUGACAUUUUUUAAUAACAGUUAUUUUAAAUAAAUUUAUGAUAUAAACGGAAACUUCUAGA